CAGAUUGACUGCCAAAGACUUUGUCUGUUCUUUGUUAGUUCCUUACUGUGGGUAAGCUGUGAAAAAUACUAGGUUUUACUGAGUGCCUGUACUGCACCAGAUUGUCUCUCCAUGGUAACCUGGAGGAUAUGGAAAGUUACUGUGCUACACAGAUAUUUGAUAAUGGGUUUUCACCAGGCAUUUGAAAAUGUCGGCAAAAAGCCUGGGAUGACCGUGUGGAGGAUUGAGAAAAUGAACCCUGUCCUAGUGCCUGAAAAUCUGCAUGGGAAUUUUUACAUGGGUGAUGCCUACAUUGUGCUACAUACAACUCCAGACUUUGCGUACAGUGCCCACCUGUGGCUCGGCAAUCAGUGCAGUCAAGAUGAAUCUGGGUCGGGUGCCAUUUUCUGCAUUCAGCUGGAUGAUAGUCUCAAUGGAAAACCAGUGCAGUAUAGGGAAACGCAAGGCAAUGAGUCAAACAAGUUCGUGGGCUACUUUAAAAAUGGACUUCUGUACAAGGAAGGAGGUGUGGCAUCUGGUUUUGCACAUGUCGUCACCAAUGACAUCAGUGUAAAGAGGCUGCUGCAUGUUAAAGGCAGACGGAAUGUGAGAGCCAGUGAAGUGCCUUUUACGUGGUCCAGCUUUAACAAUGGAGAUUGCUUCCUCAUUGAUGCAGGAGCUAUGAUAUAUCAGUGGAAUGGAUCAAAGAGCAACCUUUACGAGAGGCUGAAAUGCUCUCAGCUUGCUAACGGUAUCCGUGAUGGAGAGAGAGUGGGCCGUGCCAAGGUAGAGGUGGUGGAUGAAGGAGAUGAGCCUGCAGGAGUUAUUGAAUUACUGGGAUCCAAAACAGCCAUUCCCGAUGCGACUGUUGAAGAUUCUGCAGCAGAUAAAGCCAGCAAGCAAAAAGCCAAACUCUACAUGAUUUCUGAUGCCAGUGGACAGUUGUCUUUAACAGAGGUGGCCGCUGCAAGCCCAUUUCAGAUGGCUACACUUUCAACCAAGGAAUGUUAUAUUCUUGACAAUGGACCAAAUGGCCAUAUAUUUCUGUGGAAAGGGAAGGAGUCCAGCAAGACUGAGCGGAAGGUUGGAUUUGAUACAUGCGAAUUCUUCAUAAACUCAAAAGGAUAUUCCAAAAAUACUCAGGUAGAGAUGCUUCCAGAAAAUGGUGAGACGCCACUGUUCACCCAAUUCUUUUCGGACUGGAAGGUUAAAGACCAAAGUGAAGGGCUUGGAAAAGUGUAUACUAUUGGCAGCAUUGCCAAAAUCAAAUCUGUUCCCUUUGAUGUCACAAAGCUUCACAACUCAAACGCCAUGGCUGCACAACACAACAUGGUGGAUGAUGGAUCAGGCAAAGUCCAGAUUUGGCGGAUUGAAGAUUUCAAGAAACAGCCCAUUGACCCUUCAGCGUAUGGUCAGUUCUAUGGCGGAGACUGUUACAUUAUUUUGUACUCUUACAAAUCGAGGGAUGGGGAGAAGCACCUUAUUUAUACUUGGCAAGGCAACAAAACAACAAAAGAUGAGUUGGGAGCAUCAGCUGCACUCACAAUUGAACUUGAUGAUCAGAUGAAAGGUUUGCCUGUCCAGGUGCGGGUGACACAGGGUCAGGAGCCUCCUCACCUGCUGAGCCUGUUCAAAGAUAAGCCACUCAUUGUACAUCUUGGAGGGACCUCCAGGAAGGGUGGCCAGAGUGCUGCUGCACCAGUUCGACUUUUCCAUGUUAGGAAAAGCUCAACAGGAUCGACGAGAGCCGUUGAGGUUAAUGUUGAAGCAGGGUCACUAAACAGCAAUGACACAUUUGUACUGAAAACACCACAACAGAGCUACAUUUGGAAAGGCGUAGGUGCGAGUGCUGGUGAAUUAAAGACUGCAAAGUACGUGGUUAGUGUUAUUGGAGGAAGUGCAACAGAAAUCCAAGAAGGAAGUGAACCAGAGAGCUUCUGGAAGGAUCUUGGUGGUAAGAAGCAAUACCAGAGUUCCAAAGGCCUGAAGGAGGAAGUUGCUACCCACCCGAUUCGUUUGUUUGGUUGUUCAAACAAAACUGGAACAUUUGUUAUUGAGGAAGUUCCAGGCGACUUCACACAAGCAGAUUUGGCAGUUGAUGAUGUGAUGCUGUUAGAUACCUGGGAUCAGAUUUUCCUUUGGCUUGGCAGUUCUGCAAAUGAAGUGGAGAAGUCGGAGUCACUGAAAUGCGCAAAAAAAUACUUGGAAUCUGACCCAUCUGGAAGAGACCCCGGGACUUCUAUUACCAUUAUGAAGCAAGGAAAGGAACUUCCAACAUUUACAGGGUGGUUCUUAGCUUGGGACCCCAAAAUGUGGGAUAUGAGCCCUCUGGAAAAAUAUUUGGCCAGCCUCAGGGUGUAGUGCAGAGCAAGGAUUACACGUGGCCAUUUUUUUCUUUACUUGCAUGCCCUAGCCGUAAAGCGUUGAAGAGUUGGAUUUUAUAGUGCCAGUAGAAAUUCAGCAACAUUUUUCACAGUUUAAGGAAAAGUGAGUGAAUAUACGUAUGCUCAAGGACACAUGAUAUGUCAUGAAUUAUAUUGGGAAUAGUAAUGGAUCCAGUGUUGCCUCUGCCUCUGGUUCAGACUCUGAAAACUAGGAAUUGUGAGCCAGACAUCUGCUGAAAACUAGCUACUGACCCAAAGUUAACUUGUGAUCUUUUCCUCCAAAUCUGUGUUAUAGUUCUGGCUUUGUGUUUGAUGGGAUGGAGUCUGUAUUGAGCCAGCCAGAAAACCUGAGCUCAAAUUUUUACAUUCAGUUUAGACUCCCAAGUUAAUGUGAAAUGCAAUAACGUUAUUUGAAGAGUUUAGAUCAUCUUUUAUUGAUUGUGGCGAUAACGGGACUUGAACUAAAUUAAGUGGCAAAUGAGAGACAUUGUCAGAAGGGAAUUUGUGUGACGCUCCUGUGGUCAGUUACCACAGCGGUUGGAAGAGUCUAUUGCAAUAAAUGUUCACACCUUAAAUAGCGAAGAUACAAAAUGUUCAUGCUCACUUACCAUUUAGGUUCAAUAGUAACUCUGAAAGUGACAUAAGUAUCCAUGAGUACUUGGUAUCAAGGUCAGGUGCGGGUUUGAGGAUGGUUGGUAGCAUAUUAAAUUUCAUAGUUUGAGGGAAGAGUGCUGGAUGGAGGUGGGUGGGAAACAUUAGAAAAUAUUCCACACCAUAAGUAGUUUCAUUUGCAAACGUAUCACUUUGCACUACAUCACAAAAUCUUAAGGGGUUCGCUGAACCUUUGUGGCCUUACAUAUGUCUAAACUGAAUUCUAAAUACUGGCUGUAACGCUUCUGCGCGAGCUGGCUUGCCAAUAUUAAAUUCUCUAAGCAACAGGGCUAGGCUGCUGAUCUUCACUGCAGUCAUGAUUGUGCAACUGGUGUUUCAGGUUUUGCUGCAUUUCUAGUUUUUGCAGAAGGCAGAUGAACUUUAGAUGUAAAAGUAGCAAGGCUUCUGCUAAACUGCUUGGCUCAAACAAAAAAAAAAGGAAUCUUAUCCUAAGUGUAUUCAUGGUUUCUUCCUAUGUUGGUGUCUUAAUAAAGCCUUGAUACUUA